CUUCAGCCGCUGCCCAAUGGCUUCGCGUGAUGGGGGGAGAGGGGGCGUGAAGCCCAAUCGCAGCGCCAUCACAGUUGAGGGCAGAGAGGUUAGGAAGCCGGCAUGGCGCUCCGGUCAAUAAAAUCGAUAGCUGGAAGCUGCCUGUGUUUCAGGCAAAGGCGGUGCAGAAGCAGCGCCGCCAUCUUCCCCGAAGGCAUCUUCCGGUGCCUUGCACCCAAAUUCGAGCAGGAGUUUCCUGAAUAGCAGCGCAAGGUUUCCGUUAGCCCCGCAGGCGGCCGAUUCCUAGCCCCUGCGGACCUCCGCAGGCACGCUCAGCCCCGGUGCAGCGCGGCCCCCAAAUCCCAGGGUCCGCCGGCGCCCAGGCACCGAGGCCCGGGCGGGGAAGGCCCUGGCGCCGUCUUGUCGGGUCCAAUGGCGCCGCCUUCGGCUCCGCUCUCUGCGCGGGGACCAGGAGAAACCGGACCCGGCCGGAGAAGGGGAAGGAGGCCGAGGGCUGUGAGGUUCGCGGACGUGGCCGUGUACUUCUCCCCGGAGGAGUGGGGGUGUCUGCGGCCCACGCAGAGGGCCCUGUACCGGGACGUGAUGCGGGAGAACUACGGGCACCUGGGCGCGCUCGGGUGCGCUGGUCCCAAACCAGCCCUCAUCUCCUGGCUGGAACGAAAUACCGAUGUUUGGGAACCGGCUGCUCUGGAUCCGCAGGAGUGCCCAAGGGGGAUAACAGUCCAAAGAAAAACCAGAACCAGAAAAAAGAAUGGAGAGAAGGAAGUAUUCCCACCUAAAGAGCCCCCACGAAAGGGGAAGCGAGGCCGGCGGCCCAGCAAACCCCGACUAAUCCCCAGGCAGACGUCUGGAGGUCCCAUCUGCCCUGACUGUGGUUGUACCUUCCCUGAUCACCAGGCUCUGGAGAGCCACAAGUGUGCCCAGAAUCUGAAGAAGCCUUACCCUUGCCCAGACUGUGGACGCCGCUUUUCCUACCCAUCCUUGCUGGUCAGUCACCGGCGGGCACACUCUGGUGAGUGUCCCUAUGUUUGUGACCAGUGUGGUAAACGUUUCUCCCAGCGCAAGAACCUCUCCCAGCACCAGGUGAUCCACACAGGGGAGAAGCCCUACCACUGCCCUGACUGUGGCCGCUGCUUCCGUAGGAGCCGGUCCUUGGCCAAUCACCGGACCACACAUACAGGCGAAAAGCCCCACCAGUGUCCUAGCUGUGGGCGUCGUUUCGCCUACCCCUCCCUGCUAGCCAUCCACCAGCGAACACACACUGGAGAGAAGCCCUACACUUGCCUAGAAUGCAACCGUCGCUUUCGCCAGCGCACGGCCCUAGUCAUCCACCAGCGCAUCCACACUGGGGAGAAGCCCUACCCGUGUCCAGACUGUGAGCGGCGUUUUUCCUCAUCCUCUCGCCUGGUCAGUCACCGGCGAGUGCACUCUGGGGAGCGUCCCUAUGCCUGUGAGCACUGUGAGGCCCGCUUCUCCCAGCGCAGUACGCUGCUCCAGCACCAGCUCUUGCACACAGGCGAGAAGCCCUACCCCUGCCCAGACUGUGGACGUGCCUUCCGGCGGAGCGGCUCCCUAGCCAUACAUCGCAGCACGCACACAGAGGAGAAGCUGCACGCCUGUGAGGACUGUGGCCGCCGUUUUGCCUACCCCUCGCUCCUGGCCAGUCACCGGCGUGUUCACUCAGGCGAGCGGCCCUAUGCCUGUGACCUGUGCUCCAAGCGCUUUGCUCAGUGGAGUCACCUGGCACAGCACCAGCUCCUGCACACCGGGGAGAAGCCUUUCCCCUGCCUGGAGUGUGGCCGUUGCUUCCGCCAGAGGUGGUCUCUGGCUGUCCAUAAGUGUAGUCCCAGGGCCCAAAAUGGUAGCCCGAGAUCUGCUGUAGGCGGGCCCAGCCAGAAGGGCAGUGCCCUUUAAAAAAAGCAGGACUGCGAAAGUUCAUUGCAUUUCAUGGAGGGGCCCAGAGAAGAGAAAGAGAAGCCCUAGGCCAGACAGGGCAGAGUCAGAACUUAAGCUCGGGUCUCUUGCCCCGUAGGCCUGAAAUUUAGUAUUUUCUACCACACUGGCUGCCUUCUGUGUGAGCUAGUACAUGGUCCCAUUAGGAGCGGUGCCCUCAUGUGAUUCAAGUUUUCCAAGCCACCCCAUCCUAUAAGAAUUUCUGUGUGUGGAUAUCAGGGUUAAAGUUCUCCCCAUCUAUUUAGUGGUGGUCUGUUUUUUUCUAGUUUGCACACAGGGAUUACUUGUCCCCUUGCAUGCAGUCAGGAGAAUCCAGUUUAUAGGGGACAGGAUCUUCCCCUACUCUGUCUCUCCAAACCAGGUUUAAACAAGCCUCAUUUACCCCCCUUUUACAACACUCCUGCCAAAUGGUCUUCUACCUUUGCUUUAAAAUCUCCUUUGACAGGGAGCUCACUACCUCACAAGGCGGGUCAGUUCAUUGUGGGAUAGCGCUGACCUCUAGAUGGCUGUUAACUACCACAUCCUCCUCUGUAAGCCUUCCCCAGAAUAUAUUUGAUACCUGGCAGCCCUUUGGAUAACAAUCACAACUACUUUGCCCCCAUGUUUUUAGGUUAAAUAGCACUAACUUGGUCAAUCAUUCCUGAAAGACAGAAUUUCAAUUCUUAGAUGUAAUCUCUUUCCAAACAGGUGGUUUUUCAAUGUACCAUUUAAAGGGCCAUGCAAAAAUAAGCCAACCUGACAGUGUAUACUGUAUACCUACUUGGUCUGUACUUGUUUUAAUAGCUCUAGAUUGCAUUGGAUUUGGGGGCAGCUCUGUAUUAUUUAGAGUUUAUUAGGCUGCAGAUGCCUAAAUAUGUAAGCCUUUUUUUUUUUUUUUUUUUAAAACCUCGUUAUAAAGCUAAGUCUUCUGCACCUGUGUCUAGAAAACUGCUUGAACUUGCCUCUGGGACAUAUAAGUUCAGUGGGCUUUGGGAGAUUUAUUGUAAGGAAAAGCAGGAGCUCUGGUUUAGCAGCAAGAGUAAACAUGGCACUGGCCACUUAUUUUAGGUAACGGGUUAAGAUUAGUUUCAGGCAGCCAGUGGCUGGAAAAUCCUUGAGCACUGGGUCUGUUUCUCCCCGAUUCUUUUUUUUUUUUAGAUUUAUUUAUUUAUUUAUACAAGCACUGGGUACAGUCAGAAGCGCCGGAGGGUGAGAGAAUUCACCAGAGCCAGAGCGGG